CUGGAGACGCUUCCAGUACCUUGAGUACAUUUGAAAGGGAUUAUCACAGACAUUUUGUAUUAUUUAUUUUGAUAAAAAAUGCAUGUUUAAAGUUUAAAAAAGUGUUUAAGCACAGAGAAUGUCACAGAAAGUCAACUCGCCUCUUAUUGUAAGUUCUGCUGCAUUAACUUCACUCUGAAAUAUGAAAUAUAAGUGAAAAGUCAAGGAUUUCUUCAUUUGUUUCUCAUUUUUUAAUUAAUACACUAAUUGGAUCAUCUGUUCCUUUCCCAUGGGAGUGGUCUCUACUGCGUUAAAAACUGCAUUAAUUACUCCUAUACUAAUGAAACCUGGCUUGGAUUCUGAUAUAUUGAUGAACUACAGACCAAUUUCCAAUUUACCAUUCCCAUCUAAGGUUUUAGAGCAUGUGAUUGCAGAUCACUUACAGGUUCACAUGGUAGGAAAUUAGCUAUUUGAACCCUUCCAGUCCAGAUUUAGUACUAAUCAGAGCACUGAGUCUGCUCAUGUCAGUUUAGUGAAUGGUUUGCUUUAAGCAUUCAACUCUGGGGCCAAAGUAUUCUUAUGUGUCUUGAUGUUAAUGCAGUUUUUACGGUAAAUGAUUGAGUGUUGCUCGAACACUCGAAUACAUUUUUAUCAGUUGUACUGAAGUUAACUGGCUCCUUUCAGACGUGAUCAACUGGCGGUGUUUUGAUUCGCAUAAAUCCCUCAUGUCCCUGGUCAAUUACGGUGUGCUGCAGGGUUCAGUCUUGGGUCCUUUGCUUUGUAUUACUUAUAUGCUUCCUCUCUGUCAGGCUACAUGAAGACAUGGUCUUAACUUUCAUUGCUAUGGAGAUACUACUCAGAUCCAUGUCAUAACCUCUUCCCCCUUCUGAUUUACCAUCUCUGUCACUUAUCUCUUGUCUGUCUGACAUUAAGCUGUGACUGACACUCAAGUCCUUGGAACUAUACAGGAACAAAACCAGUUUUACUGGUCUGGGCAGUAAAUAUCAGCCGGAGAGUUUCACACUAAUGGAAGGCCGCCUCGUGUUCGCGCUGGGACGGUCCCGGAACGUGAGUCUGCUGCAGAACGCCACUGUGGAGGCUGUCAUACCCAGAAUCCCCGCAGACGUCACCUACAUCACCUUCCAGCUCCACACGCAGCACCAGAAUGCCACCGUGUCUUAUCACCGGGUGCUGACCGCGAGCUCCUCUCUGAAUGGCUCCGAUGCAGGGUUGCUCUUCCCUCUCAUGCGCCUGCAGAGAACCCUCACCUGGUACCUUCGGUCUCCUGAGCGCAGCGCCAUCACUGGCACGGGUGUGAUCUUACCUUACGGGGAAAUCCACCCUGUUCCUGGAGGCUGUAACACUGAGUAUAACCUCCUUGUUGAUCCCAACAUUUACCUGCAGUACAAUUUGUUCGAGACCAUCAUUCAGUUUGCACCUGCGAAUAUUGGUUAUGCGAGGGGCCGCACUCCACCACCUUGCGAUGUAAACAGCGGGCAGAGCUCCCGCUGGCGCCUGGAGUAUGACGUCUACCAGUACUUCCUGCCAGAGAACGACCUCUCCGAACAGGUCCUGAUCGAGCACAUACAGAAGGUGGCCAGUGUGCAGCAGAUGGUACUCAAUGGCAAAAAACUGGUGAUGUUAAAGUCAGUCGACAAAACUAUGGUGUCCUUCAGCUCUGUUCCAGGCCAGGGGGUGAUCUACUCCGUUAUAGUGCGGGAUCCACUGUUAAACUCAUCUGCCUCCUAUGUUCCCGUUCACACCUAUGCCUGCAAUUUCUCUUCCAACUUGGACAACUGCUACACUCUGGGAAGAAUAUCUACAAAGGUCUUUUUUACCAUCGCUGGUAUAGCUGGCCUUUUUGUUUGCUUCUUCGGGCACAGAUUUUUCAAAUCUGAACUGUUCUGUAUGGGAUUUGUCUUUGUGGCGUUCCUGUUCUUCAUUCUUAUUACAAGAGUGACAUCCCUGGACUACGACAUGCGCUUGGGCCUGACCGCCCUGGGGGGCGCCGCUGGAGGGGUUCUGCUGGUUCUGUGCUGGUGGAGGUUCGGCUCGGUGCUCCUCUGCGUCGUGAUCGUAGGGCUGAUCCUGGGGUUCCUUGUGUCUUCCCUUCUAUUCUUCACCCCGAUAGGAGACUUGUCCAUUUUCCGUACGGAUUCUGUGUUCUGGCCAACAUUCUGUAGCGUUGUUGUGGUCAUUCCUUUGAUAUUCUUCAGGUGGCCCAGGGAGGGGAACAUCACUGCCUGUGGAGUUGCCGGCGGCUAUGCAGUAAUUUUAGCUGUGAACAGCUACAUCUACACCAGCCUCUCCUACAUUACAUUAGAUGUCCUGAAGAGAGCCUUAAACAAUCAGUUCAGCAGAGCCUUCACAAACGUGCCUUUUCAAGGAAUAGAUUACAUCCUGACCACGGUGUGGGCGGUCCUGGCGGUGAGCGGCGUGGUGCUGCAGCUGUACCGGGAGAGGAGCAGGCCCUUCUUCCCACCCAGCCCCUACCUCAUGUGGAAACAGGAGAGGGAGAGGCGGAAGACCAACAUCCUGGACCCCAGCUACCACAUCCCCUCGCUGCGGAGCCGCUUGAAAAGCAGAGUGCAGGAUAUGUUUCGGCGGAGGGAACCUGCAGGAGAGAGAACUCCCUUACUUUUAUAACGACCUUCCGUCCGGGCUCCAUCAGGCUUGCAGGCGCCUCCAAGGAAGCCGAAAGCACGUUAUCUGGAAUAUUUCUAGCGCCGAUGACCCAGACAUCUGCCGUAUUAUCAAGGUGCUGUUGAAAACCGAGACUUCCUUGGGACGUAACGGAAAAGGUGGAAGUUUUCCUGAACACUUGGAGCGUACCAGCCACAGUAAAAAAAAAAAAAGAAGAUUUUUGAAAUUGUAGUGGCACCAUUCCAUAGUAUUUUUAACACAUCUGUUACUGCAGUGAAGGCAAUCCCCCGAUUGUCAGAGAACAAGCUCUCUUGCUGUAAGCGCACAUGAUCGUUGUGGUGAGAUAGAGUAAGGCACACUAAGGAUUUGCCACCAGCAUUUAAACUCCUUUGGUACUGUCAGUGAACGGCUUGUGGAACUGAUGUUCAGUUAUUGUCCGUUUGCACCCCAGAUGUCACUUUAUUCCCUUUGUCCAGCCAGGUCCCGGCGUAGGGAGCUGCACUACUGAAGCAAAUACCAGGGUUUUGACUUCGACUGCGCAACAACCUGGAUUGUUGCAGGACUAGCGAAACAAUUGUCGACAUGCAAUUAUGUUUCUCUGAAAGGUAAUAAAAUUAUCCCAAAAAGUCCUGGUACCAAGAACUCCAAAGGGCUACUGUUUAUUUUCUAGUGGAGGGUUCCUUUGUCAGGGGUUUUGAGAAGGUGAUGGAAAAUGCGUCCCUCUAAAGAUCUGAUCUGUCUUAAGCGUCUCAGUGAGGUAUAAGACGUUUCUUCGUGCAGAAUUAGGAAUCCCAGGUUGGUUUGGGCAGCUUGUAUGUGCUUUGAGCUGAUGGUGUGGAAUCCAAAACAACUCUGAACCUACCUAACAUAAUUUGUUAAGCAGUUUGUUACAUGAGGUUAUUGUUCCUGUAAAGGAUUUAAUAUUCGAGGUUUGUAUGUUUGUAUCUUCGUUUUACACCAUCAGAAUGUCCAGAGAUGAGAGGAACAGAGGAAGCUGUUUGGAUCAUCAUGCUCACUACAUAGCUGUAUUGGGAGCGACUACCUUCCCCUGUAACAAUAUCUCUCAUGGUUGUGUUUCUGACAGACAGUACGUUUGCUUCUUUUACAUAUCCCCUCUUGUAAAACUAUCAAGGGCUUUAAAAUACAUCACCCAUGUCUUCAUUAAAAUAUUUUUAAAUGUAGCACGUUUUCAUGGGAAAUUUGUUUUUUCAGCAUUUGAGUUAAUCGUGUUUUAAAGCCGUCACUAUGUUGUUCCUUUUUCUAGAACCAUUCAAAUCCACAGUUGUUUUUAAAUACUCAGAUUAAGAAAACCAGCACUGUCUUUUAGUGAGCGCUUCUUGAUUGUUUUGCUUAUCGACUAAAAACACUAGUUUUUAUCACUUCAACUCACAGGAAGGAAGCACUUCGAAUCCUUUUUACAUACAGUAUGUAUUUUUUAUAUAUGCAGUCUUCAUUUUCCUUGAAUUUCACCUUGAAUUUUUUGUCCAGCUGCUGUUUAAGUAAUUCAGUGUCUUACAAUAGGUAGUAUAUUUAUAAAACAAGAAGUUAUUUUUUCCAUUAUUGUGAAAAGCAACUUUAAUAGAACUUUAAGCUGCGAAGGGGGGUAUACAUCUUCCAAAAGAGGAGAACUAAUAUAAAUAUAAAUUAGGCAUCCCUCUGUAUCAGCCCCAGUUAGAGUGCCUGCCCUUUUUUUAUAAAUGACUUUUUUGACAAAUUCUUUGUAACAUGCACUGUAGAAAACCAGAAAAGUACAUUUUUUGUAUGCAUUUGGAAAAAAGAAGAUAAAGUACUGUGCAGUGAAGAUCAGCAUAUUUAUUCUCAAAGGCAAGAGUAUUUCCACUGCUUUAAUCUGUCUUGGGAACCCCAUCAUGUUUUCCUAGAGAUUUUUGCUUGCUUUCAGGUGCUUUAUAGCCUUUGAGAAUCAGGAAUUCAGUUUGUUUUGCCCUGUGACACCUGUAAAAUGUCAAAAAAGGCAUGCAUUUGUGAUUUCCUAAGCCCCACGAGGCACACAAGAUUUACAGAGAAUGUUUGAAAACCUUGUGUGUUGGUGUUAAUAAAUAUUGCUUUUUUUGCAA